AUGAAUUCUGUUACUCGCAGUGGGUCAACGUCGUUUUUUUGGAAUGGAUCAUCAAAGGCCUCGUCGUCGGGAGGUGCUGCGGACUUUUUGGACUCCUCUUGGUCCUCUCUUCAAAGCCUGGCGUCUUCGGUACUAGGGAGUGAUGCUGGACAGGUCACUGCAAAUAACGUGACAAAAAACACACAUACUCGAAGGAAACCAUCUCGGUCUGACGUAUUUAUUAAGAGUGGCCCCAGGUCAACAUGGGGUCCAUCGGCACCUACCGCUUCACAAAUCGGGACCGGGACAAAGGAGGAGCGACAGGCUUUGGUGCAGGCCAAAAAGAGAGAAGCACUACUCCUCGCUGAUAGUGAUCUGAUCGUAAGCCGCACGCUUCCUCAUAAAAGACGCGACUCUGGCGACGUUUCUUAUCAAGCGUUUGAGCCGGAGCACGACGAAGACGCUCUGGCCUAUAUCCACAAAGUGCAACCCACAGACACUAUCACAGGCGUGACGAUCAAAUAUGGCUGCCAGAGUGCAGUGUUUCGGAAGGCGAAUGGCUUCUGGCCCAACGACAACAUUCAGAGCAGAAACACCGUUCUCCUACCAGUCGACGCGUGCUCUGUGAAAGGACGGCUCGUUCCUACAAAGCCUGUAGAUCUUUUGAGGAACAAUGACGAAGACCCCAGCGAUAGCUCGAUAGCCCCCACUGCGGCCUCUACCGAUCUUACCGAUAAUGCUUCAACUGAACAGGACACGCCUGCAACCACAUCAGGGGCCGAUGGCAAUCAUGUUUGGAAGCAUGUAUCAUGGGUACACAUGGAUGGGUUUCCCGGACCAGUGCAAAUCGGCCGUGUUCCUCGAAGAGCAUUGGGAUUCUUUCCGCGUACGCGUCGCAAAUCUAUGUCUUAUUCGGAUACAGGGCCUCUCGAUUCUUACCGAGAAACUAUCAUACCUCCGUCUCCUGCCGGAUCGUCACCUCCAUUCUCAUCCUUUGGAAUUCUGCCACGAGCUCGACCGAAUGGCAACCAGUCCCAACCCAAAACUGCACACCACCCUCGUUCUCAGCAUCGCCGCCAGCGGAGUAGUAUCCAUCUGUCUGCCACUGGGGUUGGAACCCUUGACCCCACCUCGACUGGUCCAGGGCCUGCGUUAGAUGGGUUCACCCGAUUCUUCGCACAGCACAUGCCGAAUCUCGCGCCGGCACAACUUCCGGACAAUUCCCGGUCAGCUUCGUUUGACUCCACACCCACUGUCGCAUCUCAUGCAUCGACUGGCCUCGAGAAUAUUGGCGGAGCUUUUGAGGGGUGGGUUCGAAAGGUGGCAACGCGCGCUAAGGCUGGCAUCAAUGAGCUGCAGCAAGGACCACCCACCCAGCAGGGUAGCAGCAGAGGUCGUAGCAUGUGGCGGAUGGACGACCUAAUUGAGCUUGAUGAUGGGAUGGUGGAUGGCCGGAACUCCCCAAGCCCGCUCAAGGGUCCAUCGCGGAGGUCUGAGUUACAGACCACCUCAUCCUCAUCCUCGUCUAACCGAUACAAUAGCCCUUCAGUGGUGGCAGCGAGCAGGUCUCGUGCGACUGAAUUUGGCUCGGGCUCCGGUUUAUCCGCUUAUGGCGAGCGUGUCAAGGACGAUUAA